AUGUCCACCCGCACUACUGUGGUCCCUACCACUGCGGGCUUCAGGUUCAUCUCCGACACUGUCAAUGAGGAAUCGUUUGCACCUGUCGCUGGACCACGAAAAUUUGCUAGAAACCCCCAUGCCCCUCCUCUGGUCAAGCCUGGCCUGAAAGCCUUUGCUUUCCCUAACAAGGUGCACUGUACCGAAUUACUUCCCAACACAGACACCAGAACUGUCAAGAAGACAGGCAGUCCCACUACCACCACCGUCUCUACCAUGCGGACAAAGACAAAGAUUGCAAUCAUCUCUACCACCACCACUCUCAUUCCCGAUGACGUUUCUGUCACAAAGACAUUCACUACCAACAUGAAGGUCACAACUUACUCUACUACAUAUAAAACAUCCACCAAGAGUGCCACCGCAACCAAGACAAGUAUCAAAUCUGGCCCAACAGAGUAUGCCGCAUGCUCAGAAGGAAACAUGUUCGGCCCCAACUUCAACAGCGGAGGUACUGGAUACUACAUCACCAACGUCCUCAACAACGGCCCUGGUAUCCCAUCCGAUUACAAGAUUGUGUCAAGCGGUGCCGACUCUGCAGAUGAUUGCUGUUCUUCUUGCAUGAAAUUCAACGGCUGCGAGACCUGGAUCUAUCGUGAGAGGAACCGCAACUGCUUCCUUCUCUAUCAUGUUUUGGAAAAGGGCGAAAAGUGCCCGUCGCAGAAGAACCAUCCCAACUUUUUCCUGUCCAAGAAGGGCGCAGAUACAGGGGCUGGUUUCAUUGCAGGCAAUGGUGUGUGCGGCUUUACAUACAGUGGAAACAGUGAUGGGUCAUUGUUCACUGUCGACACUUAG